AUGCUUGUUAAAUCUUUCAUUAGUUUGGUAUUAUUUAUUGCCAUAUGUGAAGGUUUUAUGUUUAAUAAAAAACCAACAUGUACUAUUAAAUCAUUUAAAGGUGGAAAAGAUUUUUCGGGUGGCAAAAUAUUUGCCAAUGCAUCAUUUCAUCCGUAUCUAAAAACAAUUGGAAGUGUGGCCAAAGCAUGUAAAGUUCAAGUCCAUGUUAAAAGCAGUUGGUUAGAAUUAAAAACGCCUACUCAAUUAGUAUUAACGUCAGAAAUGCAACAAGCACUUGGACGUGCAAUUGUUUUCGAUAUACGUGAUCAAAAAGGUGGAGCUGUUUGCAAUGAUAUUUGUAUGAAAAAAGGUGCCGUACGUACAAUACCUGAAGCACAAUGUCUUAUUGAUAAUUUACAGAAAAAAGGUUUAAAAUUUCAAGAACCAAAUAUUCUGCACGAUGGUCAUGUAUCAAAAAUUGGCCUAGCUGAAGCAGAAAAAUUAAAAGUUGAAUUACAAAAAUUAUGCAAAGAAAAAAAACCAAAAUAA